AUGUCAGCUAAAGUUGCAAUUCAGAAGUUCUCCUUCCCCUUCUCCUGUGCUGCACGCCUUUCUCAGCAAGAUGAGGUGACCCAGGAGGGAUGCGUUCAGGUGAAGGCCUUGAAGCUCCAUGACCUCCGGGAGAAUCGGAUCUUAGGCGAAGCGAGCCCCGUCGCUAUUACAGGAGCUCUGGUACAGAAUGAGAAGCGGGCCCAGGGGAGUCCAAAGCCUCCCCCUGGGGGAGUCACGGUGGCUGCCCGGCUGCUGGUCUGCGGCGGCACCUCUCAGAGCACCGCGACCUCCAGGCCGAGCGUGUCUGAGAAGCUGACGGUUGAGGGCGAGGACCAGAGGCCCGCGGCGAAGAGGCAGCUGUCGUCCGAGAGCGCGGCCAGGACCAUCACCGUGGUGAAGAAGAGUGCCGUGAGGAAGGAGGCGGAGGAGCACAGGCCCCUGAAGCCGAAAACACACCCGGGACAGAGGGCGCCCCAUCCGGCGGCGGGGAAUAGCGGGCGUCGAAAGGACCUGUUCACUAACUCGGAGGUCUUCAACAGGGUGGACUCUCAUGUCGUCAGGGCCGGAGCAGAGCUGAAGGAAAAGUGUGUGUAUGACGUGAAGACGAUAGUGCAGAGCAUCACACACGGAGCCAGAAAUGAGCUGGAGAGGCUCCGUGCCAUCUGGGGCUGGCUGUGCCAAAACAUCGAGUAUGAUGUGAGCGGGUACCUCGGCCGCUCAGAGAAGCUGACCUCCCCGGAGGAGGUGAUCGCCGCCGGCCGGGGCGUGUGCUGCGCCUACUCCAGCCUCUGCUCAGAGAUGUGCAGAGAGGUGGGCAUUGAGUGCCAAGAGGUGCCGGGCUACAGCAAAGGCGUCGGCUACCUUCAGGGCCAGAGCCUCAAGAAUGUGAAAUCGGAUCACCUGUGGAACUCUGUGCUUCUCGGGGGACAGUGGUUCCUAUUGGACGCCUGUUGGGGAGCCGGCCGAGUAGACGUGCAACGCGAAAGCUUCGUCAAAAGGUUCGACGAUUUCUAUUUCCUAACGGACCCAGAGGAAUUCGUGGAAUCGCACUUCCCCGAUGAGGACAAAUGGCAGCUCUUGGAUGCGCCCAUUACCCGGGAGGAGUUCGAGAGGAGGGUGUUCAAGACCUCGGCCUUCUUCACCAUGGGGCUCAGGCUGAUUCAGCCUCAUCACUUUCACAUCGUCACAGAUGAUGGCGAGGCAAACGUGUCCCUCAGCUUCUCCAGGCCAGCGACUUUUACCUAUGAGAUCACGCAGCACCAGGACUUUUUACAUUGUGGGGCCCCGGAGCAGAAAGAGUGCAGCAACUCCUCCUUCGGCCUCCUUACGGUUUCCCACCGCAGCAUGAAGCUGCAGCUGCUGCCGCCUGCGAGCGGCGUGUACGACGUCAAGGUGUUUGCCCGGCCUGAAACGGCCACCACGUCUCUGAUCUGGGUCUGCUCCUUCACGGUCGAGUGCCCGAUCCCCAGGGCCAUGGAGGAGAUCCCAGAGAACCCCUUCUUGUCUUGGGGCCUGCAGCCCGUCGCGGGAGCUCUGGGCGUGUCGGGCAGCAGCCAGGGCAGCAAGGCCGCCGAGACCGAAGAAGGCGUCUUCGAGUUGGCGCUGAAGACGUCCAGGCCUCUGAUGGUGCUGUGCGAACUGGUCCACCCGGGGCUGGAAGCCGCUGUGGCCAAACGCUGCCUGGCUACUCAGAUCCAACCGGAUGUCCUGACCUGCCACGUCCUGUGCCCCGUGCGCGGCUUCUACCGCCUGUCGGUGUUUGUGCGAGACUACGAGAAGACAGAAGCCAAGUUCCAGAACGCUGGAAACUUUCUGUUGCAAUGCAAAGGGAAGGUGGUCGGACGGGAGGAACUCUACCCUCCUAACCUGGGCUCGGCGUGCGGCCCGGGGACCCGCACGUUAGAGGCGGGGCUGUCCAAAUUCAGCCACCCGACAGCGCUGGUGAGCACCCAGCAGGGCAAGUGUAACGUCACCUUCCACAACCAGCGGGACCUCGAGCUUCACACCGUGCUCAGCCGAGAGGAGAACAAACCGCCGGGCGUCCCGCUGUCGCGGCAACUCUUCAGCACGUACACGGACAGCAAGGUGACGGUGAGCGUCAGCCUGCCUGACGCCGGGGUGUAUCGGCUGGGCCUGUACGCCAAGAUCACCCCUGGCGGAGAUUUCAGCCCCAUGUGUGACUUUGUUCUAAGGAACAGCUGCGACCGGCCGGGGGCCUCGUUCCCCAGCGUCUACUCGGCCUGGAGGAAAGGCUGCGUGCUCUUUGAGCCUCGCGUGGGCCUGCUGGAGCCCCUCGCCUGGGUCCGCUUCAGGGUGAGGGUCCCCGGGGCCCAGAGGGUGAGCAUGAUGGGAGAGACGCGGACUGAUCUGAAACUGAACAAGAGCAGAGUCUGGGAGGGCGAGGUUUUCAGCGGGAACGGUCUCCAACCGCUGAAGCUGGCCGCCGCCUCGGGAGAGUCCAGUGACAUGGCUGUUUUAUUGACCUUUGACAUCAAGCAGCUGGAGGGAGAAGUGUGA